AUGGAACAGCUUUGUCCCCAGAGGUCACGAGAAAGUUCGAGCACGCUCAGGGCUCGUUCUCCUUUGGUAUCCUCCCAGCGGGAGUUCUUGGGACUUCAUCGCGUCCUUGAGAUCCUUAAGCAAAAGGACGUCUCCUCCCUCCACUGUACACUCGGCAAGUCUUCAGCAACAAUGAAGUUCACCGUGCUCCUCGCCCUGGUCGCCGUCGCCGCCGCCGCCAAGCUGCCUGGCCACAACGAGAACACCUCCCCCGUCCCCAUCCUGCUAGACAACCGGGUGGCGCCCAACAGCGGCUUCUACAGCGUCGACGUUGAGACAGGCAAUGGCAUCAGGACAAGCGAGAACGGAGCAGCUGGUUCCGCCGGACAGAGCAACGUCCAAGGAUCCAUCUCCUACGUGUCCCCCGAAGGCCAAGUGAUCGAAAUCACUUACAUCGCCGACGAGUUUGGCUUCCGUCCCGUGGGCGCCCACAUCCCCACCCCCCCUCCCCUCCCCGCCCACGCCCUCAAGCAGCUGGAGGACGCCAAGAGACUGCGCGCCCAGGAAGCACAGAACUUCUAAGUUUGUUUCUGUUCUAACCAGAGACGAAACGAGACACGCCGCCUGUCUGUUGGCAAUCACUUCCUCAUGUCAGGAGAGGCAGCGUUGAAACAUAAAUUAUGCAUUUACUAAAUCGUGAUACGAUGAAACGAAGAUAUAUCUUUUCAUUUUAUUGACAUAUAUAUAUAUAUAUAUAUAUAUAUAUAUAUAUAUAUAUUUCAUAAAUACACACAUGUAGACACAAAUAUGUUUAUUUGA